AUGCCUGCCGCCUCGCGCCUUUCCGUCAAUGUCAAUGCAGUCGCCAUGCUGCGCAAUCGCCGUGACCUGCCCUGGCCGAGUGUGACCGGCCUGGCCGCAAUUGCAAUGGAAGCCGGUGCAAAGGGGGUCACGGUUCAUCCGCGCCCGGAUGAGCGCCACAUCCGCAAGACGGAUGUGUUCGACCUUUCCGAGCUGAUCGAGGACAGAUUUCCCAACAAGGAACUGUGCCUUGAAGGGUACCCUUCCCCAGACUUCAUGAGCCUGGUCGAGCAGGCACGACCGGAGCAGGUCCUGUUCGUGCCCGACGACCCGGACCAGACAACCUCCGAUCACGGCUGGGACUUUUCCAGGGACACAGGUUCGCUUCAAACGGCAAUUGCCGCGGCAAGGGAAUGGGCGGUCAGCGUCGCACUAUUCUGCGACCCCGACCCUGCUGCACCGGAGCAUGCUGCCCGUCUUGGUGCAGAGCGGAUCGAGAUCUACACGGGACCAUACGGUGCUUGUUACGACGAGCCGGCCCGGGCCGAAAAGGAACUCGACAAGAUUGCCGCCACGGCAGAAAGCGCCAAUGCUUGUGGCCUUGGUGUCAAUGCAGGCCAUGACCUGACCGUGGAGAACGUUCCGCCGCUCAUUGCAAAGGCGCCCUUCAUCCGCGAAAUGUCCAUCGGCCACGGCUUUACCGCCGACGCACUGGUUCACGGGUUUGCCGAAAGUAUCAGCCGGUUCCGCAAGGCAAUGGGGGAACUCUGA